GCUCUGAAAAAGAGGCAAAAAUAUUUUACGAGCGGGUAAAAGAAAUCGCAAAAAGCGCCGGAGAAAAGAAUCAAGAAUAUCGUUCAAACGAAGCCAUUGGACAUAUUUUAUGUAAAACUGGGAAUUAUAAUCAUGCGAAGGAAUAUUACAACGAAGCGAUCAAGGUUGCUAUAGAACUUGACGAUAAACAUCGCGAAGGACUAUCUUGUCUAAACUUUGCGGGUGCAUGUUGUAAAGCUGGUGAGGAUGAGAAGGCAGUUCAAUUCUAUGAAAGGGCACGACAUAUUUUUUAUUCAGAACAUAAAGAUCACAUCCUGCAAGAAAAAGCCCUUGCUGGUUUAGCUGUUUCUUGGUUCAGUCUUGGAAACACUAGAAAAGCGAUGGAAUUAAUUGAAAAAGCUCGAGAACUUGCAAACCACGUAGAGGAGGAAGCAGACUCGCCCGCAAAAGAAGAGAUUUCAAAGGAAGCCGAACCAUCGCAAGCAACAAAUCCUAUUGCAGAAUGGGUGAACUUGGUAACGGAGGAAAUAUGCAACCCAAGCAGGACAGAAAGACUACGGAGUGACGACCUGGUUUGUCUGGAGAAAUACAUCAAAGAAUUUCCUGCUAAAUACGUGUAUACUCAUCGGGCGUCAAGAAAAGAACCUCUAACAGAGAAAAUUCGUAAAUCAAUGACAGAGAAUGUCAAGUCGGCAGCUUACAAUGAUUUGUUAAAUCAUGAUAAUCACACUAAUGACGGAAACUUUUUCUAUGAGAAUCAAGUAAUUGUAAACUUUGCGAGAGAUGAUGUCUACAAAAAUGUUUCAACUAAAAUGCCCGCAAGACUUCUCGCUUCUUUAGCAACUUAUAUAAAAUCCAUCGCUCGCAUUUCUUGUGAAAAUGCUGUGGGAACGUGUUGGCUUGUUUCGAACAGGCUUGUUAUUACCAACUUUCAUGUUUAUAUGCAAUUCAAUACACAAAGAGUGAUUUCUCAAUUGAGUAAGAAACAAAAAGAUGCUCAAAAUAAACAAACAGAAAACACUCAAGGCAUGGCAACAGAAGACACGCAAAAUAAGGAAACAGAAGAUACGGAAGACAUGGAAAUAGAUGAUUGUCAGAAUUGCAAAUUACCAAUAAACGUUUUGUUUGAUUUCCUCUAUCCUAACCAAGUAAACAGAGUGUUAUGGUGGAAGUUGAUGAAGAACAAGAUCCUAUGCUUGAGAGUCCGCACUUAG